CAAUGAAACAUCUGAUCUGAAUACCUUUCCUGGUCUCAAAACUAAAAUCUGUUAUGAACACAGUGUACUAGGUUUUAUAGACUUGACGCUUUGACAACAUGCACUCGUUUUAAAUAACUCGAUGUAAGGUCGAAUCGAGUUUGUGCACACGCGCACUUCACAGAGGGGCGUUCCCUAACGGAAAUACGGAAAUAAUGCUACAACGUGCCUAUAGGAUAUCGCUAGCUCGUGCUUGGUUUUGCCCUUUUUCCUUGCUUGAUCUGCCCACUAUGCUUCAUUUGCCCACACUCUAAAAGACACUGAACCUUCUUGGGAGGAAGCGAUACCUGACUCUGGGCACUGGUGUGAUCUGGAGGAGGCUAAAUCCAAGUCUUUCCAUUAUAGUGAACCAAACUGGGAAACAAGGGGGGCAGCUCAUCCAUAGAAGACUGAACUCUGGGACUGGUACCAAUAAGGGAAGGGGGGUUGAUUUUCCAGUGUUGGAUUGAUGUUGUUGCAGUUAUGUCAGAGGCCAUCCUCACCUUCCAGUACCAGCUCAAUGGAGUCAUGGAAACGGUCCUCAAAACUGCUGUGCAUGAGAUCACUCGGCUGGUGAAGGACAGCUUCCUGAAGGAAGUGACUGGGAGCAAGCGGGAAGUGGAAAUCUUGAAGGAGAGGCUGCAGCAGUGUGAGCAGAGAUGGAGGGAUGGCGAGGAGGAGAGGAAGAGGAGGGAAGUUGAAGAGAGAGAGCAUAAAAAGAAGAGGGAAGAGAGAGAGCAGAGGGGGGGGUGUAGAAGAUGUGGUUGUGCUGGAGACACUGAGGAGAGGGAAGAGGCUCUGUUAGGAGCAGAGGAAGGUUGUGUUAUCAAACAGGAGAUGUUCCAGUCAGGUGGACCCAGCACUCUCCCAGAGAGAAAGGGUCCACAGGAAAUGGCCACACCCAGCUCUUCCUGUGUCUCUGAAAGGAUGGACGAGAGGGAGGCCCAUGUGGUCCAUAUCAAAGAAGAGCCCAAUGACUGGGAGGAUCUGGUUACCCAGAUGGUCACAUCCACAGAUGCCUCCAUAGUGAGCCUGAGUCGUCUGCAGAGAUUGAGCUCACAUGCUGGGGCUUGGACCAGUGAGCCUCAGCCUCCACCUCCACUCCCAGCACCAUGGGCCAGUGAGCCUCUUCCUCCAGCACCAUGGGCCAGUGAGCCUUUUCCUCCAGCACCAUGGGGCAGUGAGCCUCCACCUCUACCUCCAGCACCAUUGGCCAGGGAGCCUCCACUACCUCCAACACCAUGGAUCAGGAAGGAGCAGAUCCUACUUUCAAGGUCAGUGAUACCCACACAGGGGACAGAGCAUGCUGUGGGGGCCCUCGAAAGCAUCAACACAACGGCACAGCUGAGGGUCAAACCCUUCAGCUGCCCACACUGUGGGAAGAGCUUCCCUCAGCUCCGAAACCUGAAAGACCACCAGAAGUACCACCACACAGGGAAGAAGGCCUUCACCUGCUCCCAGUGUGGUAUGGGUUUUGUGUACAUGUGCCACUUCAGGGUACACAUGCAGCGCCACACGAGGGAGAGGGCAUUCAGCUGCUCUCAGUGUGGGAAGAGCUUCAGCCUUCAGAGCGGCUUGGAGAAACACCGGGUCCUUCACACUGCAGAGAGGCCUUACAACUGCACGGACUGUGGGAACAGAUUCUAUUCUAGAGUGGACCUGAAAAUACAUGAACAGAUUCAUGCAGCAAGGUAGACCUUUGGUAGGUAGACAUGAAGCAGGUUGAUUUAGAAAAUCAGAGGGGGGGGAUAACUGCCCACGUGUACUAUGUUCAAUGUAUCUAUUAGUUGCUGAUUCAUUUAAUGUUGAGAGGAAUAAAACUUUGUAAAUAA